GGUAUGGUGUUUUUAUGGACAAUCAGAAAAAGAAUUGCACAAUUGAUUUAUUCGUUAAGAAAAUCGACACUCUUACGUAGAACGUUAUUCCACGCGAUGGUACACGUUCAUCGACCACCGACCACGCGUGCAACCUCCCUGCCAUGUAUAAAUACUCCUCUGCUAGCAGGCGAAUCUCAGUCAGUCAAGAAUGCGUCCGACGACGUUUUCUUCGAAAUAAGAACAUUUUCUUUCAUUUAAGUUCCCGUUGUAUCUAUCAAUAUUGGAUGAGUUUUGUCACUGAACGUUCUCCCGCAUGGACGAAAAUUUUUAUCGCCGUUUUAAUAAGUGCCAGGAUAGUGAGAGAACGAUUCAAUAAUAGUCAGUGGGUGAUUACGAAGAUAUAUUGGAUAGUAACUGACAAGAAGAGACAUUAAGAAGAAAAAAAAAAAUGUUAAUACGACCGAUUAAAUACGACUCUUGCCUUAGGCUAUUCAUCUUGAUCACACCGAUAUUGAAUAAUAUGAUUCAAUCGAUGGCGAUUAACAAUAAAAAUCAUUAUCAUCGUACACCUAAGAGAUUGAAUUUUUCUCGUUCGUUAGAACCAUCGGAAAAUUUUCUUUGCGGAGAACCACAAUCCCGCUCUUAUAAUUUAAGAGAUCUUAUGCGGACUGUUCAUACAAAUUUCGAGUUCGUCAAUUUUCCACUUUACAUUGUUUCGAAGCGGUGCGAUGUACAUUCCGGAUGUUGCAAGAGUUUCAAUAUGAGCUGUACACCAGUCCCAUCGGCGAUCUAUCACGACGAAAUGGAGAUCGAGAUUGAGAGUCUCCAAACGAAUGGUACUAGGAAACAAUGGAUACGAAUUGAACAGCACGGUGAAUGUAUCUGCGCGAUUACCAGCCCUGAUCAACGGAAUUAUUCUACACCGAACAUCAAGAUGUUAUGAUUGAUAAAUGUCGUUAGGUCGCUGCGAAUAAAAAGAAAGAUAAGAAAACAACAAAAAGAAUGAAAAAAUAUUGACAAUGUAAGUAAGCAGAUCUUGGGGAUAAUAUUGCUUACAGCAUACAUUUACGAGAGCAAUAUAAGGAACGUAUUUCUCAUUGAUGUUUCUUAUCGAUCUUUUUUUUUAUAUAUAUUGAUUGUUUUAUCGCUUAAAACAUUCCAAGAGUAAAUCAAUACCGUUUGAAAUGUUCGAAGGUGUUUGAUGCGAACGUUAACAGCGCGAUGCACAAAGAUUGGCUCGUAGCCCAGUAUCAUCUAUAUAGCGGUGUCUCUUUCUGGAACCAAAAUGCCAAUGAAUCGGCACCUGCUCUUCGAAAUUGCUUUUGCCAAAAUCAAAAUCUUCUUAAGAAAACGAAAAAACAAAGAAGAUUUAAUUUAUAUAUAAUAUCUAUAUAUAUAUAUAUAAACACAUAUAUAUGUAUAUUUAUUAUUAUUAUUAUUAUUAUUAUUAUUAUUAUUAGUAGUAGUAGUAGUAGUAGUAGUAGUAGUAUAAAAACACAUAUAUAAAAGAGCUCGUUUAUUCGCAGAACUGAUAAAAUUUUCUACAAAAGAAAGUAAAUACGCUUCGUUUUAUUGUGAUAUUACGUAGGUGCCAUUAAUUAUAUGUACUUAAUUUAUAUGUACUUAAUUUAUUGAUAAUAUUUAUAAUCUCAUUCUUUUUCUAUCUAUCGUAUAAUAACGUAAUUUUCAUUCAAAGAGGUUUAGAUAAAUAUUAACUCUAACAUUAUAUUAACUUUUAGAUCAAAGCUUCACUGCAUUGUUGUUCUUAUAAAACAAUACGUUUUGUAAAUAUUAACAUAGUAGUAUUAUUUACUGAUUUAAAUUAACGAACAUAUUCACAAUACGAAUUGUUCGAGUAAGAGACUGAAAUGCCCGUAUAUAAACUGACUUUAUUUUAUUUCGGGGAAGACUUUUGUGUUACCAUUAAUAGAUAUUUCAUUGAUACUAGAUGAAAUUAAUAUCGGAUUUAAUGAAAACAUAAAUUCUGCAGAACAUUACAAACAUUGUAGUACGAUGUGUUCAUCAUGCUAUGCGAUAUCGAUAUAUUACAUACUGAUGAUAUAAAACUAAUGACGUAGGUACGUAUUGUAUAUAAGACAAAAUUAUUUUUGGACAGUUCAAUACAUAUAUAUAUGUCAGCGCACAAAAAGCAAAUUUAUUUGCUUAUGUGACCAAUAUUUAUUCUUUAGAAAGAAAAGUGUGCUCUAUAUUUUCUUAAGACAAAUUUUGAUAAUACGUUUAAUAUGUAAAUGAAAAUAAGAUAAAUCUUAUUUAAUUAUAUUUAUUGAAAAUAUUUUAAAUAAUUGUGAAUGAUAGUAAAAUAAUAGUAUUAUAUUAAACACACACAUAAACAGAAUAGUAAUAAAUUGUAUACACGCUUGUUUUCCUAUAACGGAAUACGUAAGCUAGUUUAUUUAUUUAUACAUUUGGAUAAAAUGACAAAUACUGCCACAAAAGUAAAAGAAUUACAAUUUUUUUUACAUCAGCACACAAUAAUCUUUUACAGUUUCCUCUUUUUUUUUUUUUUUUUUUUUUUUUUUUUUUUUAAU